GCAGAGUGCUAAGUGACAACACUCACUGCAUAGCAUAACAUUGCAUUCAUUGCCUUGCACCAUCUAGUCUGUUUUCUAAUUCUCUCUUGAAAAAAAUGGGGAAAAGUUUCGUGGCAUUGGUUGUAGCCAUGAUGGUGGUGGUGAUGAUCCACAGUGCAGAGGGAGCAGGAACUGAUUGUGCAGCUAAAGCAAUUGAGUUGGGGCCAUGUCUGCCAGCAGUGGGAAUGAACCCACAAGACCCAACUCCUGAAUGCUGUGCUGCUCUCAAAAAUGCAGAUGUUGACUGCAUCUGCAGCACUGUUGAAGCCACCUUCAGACUGCCUUCUGAGUGCAAUGUUCCCCCUGCUCAAUGUUCUUGAGGGUGAUACUGGAGCUUCUGUACUUGCAGAGUCCAUUUCUAUCUGAUGAUGGUUAUCCUGAAUAAAUUGAUGAUAUCUACUUGAGCUGUAGGUUUAGAGCAUUUGACUCCAAACCCCAUUUUAAAUAAAACUCAAUAAAACAUGAAUCUCAUUUUGCCA